UCAUUUGUCAAUUUGCCAUAUAUGACAUCUAUGAAUGUCUAUGAACACGUGAUCCCAGCAUUUUGAUGUAUCGAUUGAUAAACUUGAUACAACGGAAUAAUAAUGCUUUAUCUUAUUGGCCUAGGUCUUGGUGACCACACUGAUAUUACGGUCAAAGGAUUGGCCAUCAUAAAGAAGGCCAAACGAGUUUACCUAGAAUCAUACACAUCGAUCUAUUGUGAUGAUGGUAUCAAUGAAUUGCAACAAUUCUAUGGUCGUCCUGUUAUUGCUGCCGAUCGAGAAUUUGUCGAACAGAAUUCUGAUCAAAUAUUGGCCAAUGCCGGUAAUGAUGAUGUCGCUUUUCUGGUUGUUGGCGAUCCAUUAGGAGCUACUACCCAUACUGAUUUGAUACUUCGAGCACGAGAAAAAGGCAUCGAACAUCGAAUCAUUCAUAAUGCAUCCAUUAUCAAUGCAUGUGGUUGUUGUGGACUACAGCUGUACAAUUUUGGUGAAGUUGUAUCUAUCCCGUUAUGGACCGAUACAUGGCGACCGACAAGUUUUCUGGAUAAAAUUGAAGCCAAUAUCGAUCAUGGUUUACAUACAUUAUGUUUACUCGAUAUCAAAGUGAAAGAACAAUCGAUAGAGGCAAUGAUGCGCGGAAGGCAGGAAUAUUUACCACCAACAUUCAUGGCCGUUAAUGUGGCUGCCCAACAAUUACUUGAAUCAAUCAAAGAGAAAUCAAAAGAAAAGGCGACCAAGCUAACGGCCGAUACGAUAUGUGUUGCAUUGGCCAGAAUCGGUAGCGAUACACAGAAAAUAACAAAAGGUAGCCUCAUUCAGAUGCUCAAUGUGGAUAUGGGACCACCAUUACAUUCGCUAAUCAUUGUCGGGCGAUCAUUACAUCAUAUCGAGAAUGAAAUGCUUAAAUUGUACAGCAUGCCAUGAUUGACAUCUCCAAUAAAUCAUGUUGACAUUCAUUCCUUUAA